GUGGUGGUGGUUGUGGUUGGAAGCGCAGCAGCAGCAUCAUCAUCAUCAUCAGCAGCAGCUCCAUGGAGCGGUGCGCUGCCAGCGGGUUGGGUGCCGUGGCAGUAAAUUCCACGCGGUGACCGAGCCUCGGAGGGCUAAAUACGACAUUUGAUCGCCGGCGUGCGGCGAGAGACCGGAUUUUUUUUUUGGUGGGGGGUUUUACGAACCCCCAGCUCCCACCACCACCCCCCCCCCCGCCCUUAUGUGUUAUAGGCCUAAAUGGCCGCGCUAACCUAAAUACGCAUCGAGGAAGCCAGCAGCAGCAGCAGCAGCUGCCGUCGUAAUCAUCCAUGGGAGCCCGCGCCGCGUCGAGGAUUCCGUGGCGCGCGCCUUCCUCCUCCUCCUCCUCGAUGCGCAGGCCGUCGUGUGACUGACAGAGUUGGGGAGGGGGGGGGGUGGGUGUUGGGGUUGGAGGGACGCCUACCCCGGCUCAGGCGUCGCCCGCCGUUUGCCUCCUUCCACGUCCUCCCGAUGAAUUCCUACUUCGCGAAUUCCCUCUUCGGCAAGUACAAGGCGGGCGAGGCGAUGCGUCCCACCUACUACGACUGCCGCCUGACGGGCGCCGAAGGAAUGAGCGCUCGUCAGGCGGUCUUCUACGGCCCCGCGGGGCACGGCGGAGCCGCCGCCGCUGCGGCUGCGGCCGCGGCAGCCGCGGCCGCAGCAGCCGCGGCGGCGGCGGCCGGAUUCGAUCUCCCGUCCGGGAUGGCGCAGGGCGGCGCGGGGUCCCACCACAGCCACCACCACCACCACCACCCCCAGGACUUUUACCACCAUCACCAGCAGCAGCAGCAGCAGCAGCACGGAGUGUCCGGAUCGGCCGCGUACCCGCAGCCCGCCUCGUGCGCCGCGCUCGAACCGUCGGCCAACUUCUACGGCUACGCUGCGUUUCCGUGCGGGAGGCAGCCGAUGUUCGCCCUGCAGUCGGAGUGCGGCGGCGGUGGAGGAGCAGCGGCUCAAUUCCACGCCGACUUCAAGGCUCUGGCGCCCUGCGCGGAGGACGAGGUGGAAUUCCCCGUGCAGGGGGCGUCAUCAGCGCCGCUCUUCCCAUGGAUGAGGAGCCAAGUGGGACCGGGCAGGCGACGUGGGCGCCAGACCUACUCGCGCUACCAGACCCUCGAGCUGGAGAAGGAGUUCCUCUUCAACCCGUACCUGACGCGCAAACGGCGCAUCGAGGUGUCGCACGCGCUGGGCCUCACCGAGCGCCAGGUCAAGAUCUGGUUCCAGAACCGGCGCAUGAAGUGGAAGAAGGAGAACAACAGGGACAAGUUCCCGGCGAGGAAGGAGGACAUGGUCAAGGAUCCCGACAAAGCCGACGAGAACUCUGCGGACGAGGGCUCGGAGGGUACCUCAAAGAACGAGGAUGCGGAAUGACGAUGGUGGCGAUUGGUGAUGAUGGUGGUGAUGGUGGUGGUGGUGAUGUAGCAGCACGGUAGGGGGGUGGGGGGGAAGGAUGUGGCGCGGUGUAGCAAGACCGGAAGCGUGAGACCAACGCGCGCUUCGUUUGUGUCCUUCCCCCUCCCCCGCACCUCCAAUGAGCACGGUUUGCUGCGUACGGCGCGAACGAAGUUCAACAUCGGACCUGACGCGGAGCAACGCGCACGACCAUCGUCCGGCUCUGCUGUGAUCAACCCCGGCAACUCCCCGGCUCCCAACUCGCCUGGCGGGAUCGACGGCGAUGAUCAGAGAGCGAAUCGUCUCCCUGGUUCGAACGGGCAAAAAAAAACAAGAGG